CAACAGCGGAGUAAAAAGUGAGCAACGAUGCGGGGCACUGAGCUGUUGCUCGGCUACUUUCUGGUGAAAGUUAUGGUGUGCGACGCGGAGGGCGAGCCGGGGCAGACCGUCGACGACUUCAUAGUGACCGGGUUUAACGAGUCCAAGGAUGGGGAGAGUGAAGUGACGGAGAGCCCGCAUGUGGAGGACAAGUGCCGAGGCUACUACGACGUGAUGGGCCAGUGGGACCCGCCGUUCGUGUGCAAGACCGGCAGCUACCUGUACUGCUGCGGCACCUGUGGCUUCAGGUUCUGCUGCGCGUUCAGGAGCUCCAGGCUGGACCAGACCACCUGUAAGAACUACGACACACCGCCGUGGAUGAUGACGGGCAAACCCCCACCGAAAGUGGACGUGGCGCUGGAGUCCGCGAAGGAUAAAACCAACCUCAUCGUGUAUGUCAUAUGCGGGGUCGUGGCCAUUAUGGCACUGAUAGGGAUUUUCACCAAGCUUGGUUUGGAGAAGACGCACCGUCCGCACAGAGAGAACAUGUCGAGGGCUCUUGCGCACGUGAUCCGCCACCCAGCCUCAGAACAUACGGACGACAUCGGACUCAGCCAUCACUAUGAGAACAUACAAACCAGAGUCACAGUUAACAGUCUCCAUAGCAGCCAGAUGAACAACAUCGUCCAAACGUCAACUCUGAUAGCUCAGCCAUACCCGGCAGUGGGACAGGUCACCAGUCCCUAUGAACAACAGAAGCCUGUCAAGGAUCUCAACAAGUAUGCCACGCUGAAGGCUGUGGCAGAGAAAGCUAAUGACAGCUACUACAGCAACCGGCGGCAACUGAUUGAGAUGACAACCAAGGGCAGCCUUCCUAUGGAAGCUGUGGAUAUGGAGCCAGAGCCGAGUAAUCCUUACAGCCCACCCAGACAGCUGUCCUCCAAGCAGAGUGAACACAAAUACAAGAGCCCCAAGAGCCACAGCUCCCAGUCCCUGUGUUACAGCUCCAGCAUUGUUGCCAGCCCAGCAAUGCUCACAUCCUGGGACAGCAAGGACACGCUGGGACUGAGACAGAGCUACGGCCCAAAGAAACUCUGCAUCGUGGAGAAGGAGCUGCACACCACUCGCUACAUGCCCCCACAACCAUACUUUGUCACCAACAGCAAGACAGAGGUGACAGUAUGAAGGAUUGUUUGAACAUCAGGCUUAACAGGAGUCUGUGAAAUACAGUAACUGCUAACUGAAGGCAGGUUUGCAAGACGGCAGCAUAGACCUAUUUCUGUAUGUGCAGUUGUGCAUGCAAUGAGAUGCAUUUAAGAUGCCAUCUACAGGUGAAGUGUGCUCUAACAGGACUCGGUAGCGAUCACCGUGCCCCAGGAAGACACAGUGAUUCAUAUAUUAUCAUCAAUAUUCAUAUAAUCCAAGUGCUAAUACAACACACAAAAGCUAAAUGUAUCAUUUAUAUCAGUGAUGAGACAUGUAACACCUACUGA